CUCUUGUCAAAGUUGGAAGCGAGAAACGAAAAUGUUUUUUCUGAUAUUUUCCAAUGAAUAAACGUAACAAAAAGUGUUUAAAUUAGAAAAUGGAUUGUUUUGUGAAAUCUCAUGUUGAAAAAGAAGCUAUUUAUGAAAUAUAUCGAUCAUGUCGCUUAUGUGGUGGAGGUGCGGGGUAUAAAAUGCCAAUUAUUCAAAAUGUUGUGAACAUCAGUACAGGCGACGUGGAAUUAAAAGACAAAAUACGAGAAUGCGUUCAAAUUGAGAUAUCUCAAGAUGAUAAAAUGCCGCCCCUGAUUUGUGAAUUGUGCGUGGAUAAGAUUCAGGAUUUCUAUGAUUUCCUAGAGAUGUGCAGACGGACUAACAAACGCACAAGAUUGCGGUUGGGUCUACCCCCGCAAGCGUUAGUGAGAGAUGUGCCAGAAGCCGGCGAUUGCAUCCUCGGCAUAACAGAACCUGUUUAUAUCAAGAAGGAAACAAACACGAAGAAAAAGGGUAAAGUCAUUGAGAAGGGGAAGGAUGUUAAAGUUAAAAAAGAACCGGAGAAAGGAGUUAAAGUUAAAAAGGUUGUUAUACAAGUAAAGCAAGAAAAGACAAAAUUUCUGAACAGGGAACUGCAGCAAUUAUUGAAGAGCUCGAAAUCGGAGGAAAUUGAAGCGGAACUUCUGCGACGCGGCAAUAGGAACCUGGAUAAAAAACAGGAGAAGGUUCAGAAGGCAAAAGCAGUCUCAGAGUUAGAACCAAAAUCGAUAUUAAAAAAGAAAGACAAUACAUCAUCAAGCGUGACUUUAAAAAGGACACGGGAUAAGGAAGUUAAAAGGAAGUCCGAUGUUCAAACUAAGAAAGUGAAAAUAGUCGAAACACCAUCACCCAGGAUGACUCGCACAUCCAGCGUCAUGAUCAACGAUGAUGAUGGUGACGGUGAUGAAGCAAUUGACCAAGGGAAGGCGCCUUGCAGAAUAUGUAGGAGGAAAUAUCACAUCGGCGCACCAAUGACCAACCAUAUUAUGAGG